AUGGCAGCUUUUUUGGAACUGCGUCAUAAUGCUGAUCAAAUUCUUGUUGAACUUGAACAUUUAGCAAAAGAAGCUGAAUAUGUUCGAGAACACGAGAAUAGAGCUUCUGUAAUUAUUCAAUCAGCAUGGCGCGGUUAUCUUGUUCGAUCUCAUAUUAAAUAUUUAAAUCGAUGUGCGACUCUUAUUCAAACAUGGUGGAGAAUAUAUAAGGCUAAAGUGUUAUUUCGACAAAAACUGAAAGAACAUGUUCUUCAACUUCGAUUAAAAUAUUAUGAUGAUAAUGCAGUAAAAAUUCAAAAAAUUUGGCGUGGAUUUUAUGUACGUAAAUAUGUGCUUGAUUUUUACAGUCGAAAACGAUAUCUUACUGGACUUGAACAAAAGAAUGAACAAAUUAGAACACAACUACGUGAAUAUAGAGAAUAUUUAGACCAAAAGCAACUUGAACAACAGCGACAAGCAAAUAUUGCAAAGCUAGAAGAAGAAGCUAAAAAAACACAUUAUUUAGUUAGUACUAAAGUUGUGCCUGGCAUAUAUAACUCAAAAUAUUUAGAAGCUCCGAAAGAAAUGGAAAUUAUAUUGAGAACUACAAAGUUUGAACUACCAACAACUACGAAACCGAUUAAGAACGUUCGUUAUCAACGUUAUCGUCCACUAAAACCAUCAUUAAGAUGUGAAACAGAUUUUUUUGCAACAGAAAAAAUGCGUGAAGAAUUGAAACUUCAAGAAUGGGUUGAUCGAAUUCAUGACGACACAUUUAAAUCAGGUCUUUGUCGCGAUAAACCUUAUCCACGAAUGCUAAUUGGAGAAGACCCAUACGUAGAACCAACUAAACUUGAACGGCUAGCGUUACGAGAACCAAAUAAAACACAAUGGGUUGCUGACAAGGGUUUUCGAUCAUUAGUACAUGGUAUACCAGAAUUUGACAAGUUCGAAACGACCUAUGUAGAACCACAUUUUUAUUAUUCAUCUUCAUAA